UGUGCGUGAGGAAGAAAGCGGCAGCCUCUCUCCAAGAUGGCAGCGACCAUAGACAACAGCAAUGCCGUUCAGGCGACGAAGAAAAAGUACCUCGGGAUCCCCGAAGCGGCGUUUGUGGAGGAUGUCGACUCUUUUAUGAAGCAGCCGGGCAACGAGACGGCAGAUGCAGCGCUGAGGAGGCUGGACGAACAGUACCAGAAAUAUAAAUACAUGGAGCUCAACCUGUCUCAGAAGAAACUCAGGUUGAAAAACCAGAUUCCACAAAUCACACAGACGCUAGAAAUCCUACGACACAUGCAGAAGAAAAAGGAAACCACAGAGCCCAUGGAGACACACUUCCUGUUGGCUGACAAUGUUUACUGCAAGGCCUCAGUGCCACCCACUGACAAAGUCUGCCUAUGGUUAGGGGCCAACGUCAUGUUAGAGUACGACAUCGACGAGGCCCAGGCUCUCCUAGAGAAGAACCUAUCCACGGCGUCUCGGAACCUAGAGACUCUCGUGGAGGAUCUUGAUUUCCUGCGAGACCAGUUCACCACCAUCGAAGUCAACAUGGCACGGGUCUACAACUGGGACGUGAAGAGAAGGAGCAAAGAAAACCCCCUCAAAUCAGCAGACAAGUCUUAAUAUCAGCGAGACAGCGUCCACGUCCCCUUCUGCUAACUAUCUUCUGUUAAGUCAAUAAUAAAAAAAAAAAAACAGACCCCAUCUCCCAAGUCAUGUGUAUGUUCACCCCAGUGCUUGACAGAUGGAGGGCAGGUUUGAAAUAUUUCCAAACGUUGUGUUGCACUUGGUUUAACUCAUGAGAUUGUUUUGAAGACUUGUGCAGGUGCCACAAGUAAGGCCAGCUAAAUCAAGUGCACCUCAUGAUUCUUUGCUGGAUUUUAAAUAUGUCCUCCAUCGGGUCAAGCUCAAAACUUCCACUACUACUGUUUUCUGUUGAUUUGUUACUUUUUAAAGUAUUUUUUCAAGUAAAAACUAACAAAAAAACAAAGUCGACAAGGCAAUUUUUGUAUUCUUUUUAACGAUUUCACUAUGUUCCUGUUAUUUUUUCUGCAGAUUAUAAGUGAGGGUUCUCUCGCAUUGUCUUCUCCUCCUUGCAUUUUUCCUCUUUACAGACCAGACACUUUGUUUUGUUUUUUUCUCAGCCUGCAACAACGUUCACAUGUUGGACUUUUACUUGGGUUAUUACAGAAAACACAGUUGCCAUUAUACUCCAUGGAAUCAGGCUUGUAGGAUGAUAAAGAAGAAGAAUACAGAAUAAAACUUAUAAUGCCUU